CGGGUGAAUAAGCGAGUGCUAGUGAGCACCAACUCGGGCGCAUGUACUCAUGACCGUCAUGUCUAGACUUGCCUCCAGAUCUAUCAGAGCCUUGUCCAGCGCGCGCUCUGCUUCGAACCGUACCUUCGAGUCUGCCGUUCGGUCCUGGACAAGAUCAAUUUCAUCCACACCUGUACGCGCAGCAGUGAAUCGCGGACCCACACUCGCAACUGCCUCAGGCAUCCACGCCCCAAAAGCUGCGCCAUCGUUCGGCAUAGCAACCCCACAAUGUCGAUCCAUGUUCAUACAGACAGAGACCACGCCCAAUGACGACUCUCUCAAAUUCAUACCUGGUGUAGGUGUCAUGGGCGAAGGAACGGCCGAGUUCCUUGACACACGAUCAGCAUUAAAAUCUCCCCUCGCCAUUCGUCUUAUGGGCAUUGAGGGUGUCAAAGCUAUUUUCUAUGGACCGGAUUUUGUCACGGUGUCGAAGGACAGCGAAAACCCAUGGGCAGUCCUCAAGCCAGAGAUCUACUCAAUACUUAUGGAGCAUUUUUCUGCUGGUUUGCCACUUUUCCGGUCGGAAGAGGACAGAGAAGCCGCUGGCCCUCAGGACACUCAGAUUCUUGACACGGACUCUGAGACGGUAGCAAUGAUUAAAGAGCUGCUUGAAACUCGUGUCCGACCAGCGAUCAUGGAAGACUGUGAUGAAGGCUUUGUGAAAGUUAAAUUAAAGGGAAGCUGCAGAGGGUGCUCAUCUAGCGCCGUAACGUUGAAGUCUGGAAUUGAGAGAAUGUUGAUGCAUUAUAUCCCGGAGGUGAAGGGUGUAGAGCAGAUCUUGGAUGAAGAGGAAACCAUUGCAUUGGAUGAGUUUGCCAAGCUCGAGGAACGGCUGGCGAAGAAUGGAAAGAAUAAAGAUUCCAAGUGAGUCGCUUCUGGCAUUAGUGGUGGCUUAACGAGUUUACUCGCACAGGAUGGCACCAUAUAUGUCCGUAUGAGAGGCUGUUACCUUACAGUGCUACUGAAGUUGACUUUAUACUCCUCGAUGCCUGCCGAACCCGACAUCUACUGUAGAUCAUACAAGUAAUCCACAAUUCAGGCCUUACGAGGAUAAUGUCAGAAUUAUACAUAUUCCCACCUCACAAAAUGAUGACUAGGGAACCGAUGGUAUCAGCAGCAGUCUGGCUUACUACAACAACUGCGACAUCGUCUAGUGUCA